UGGGACUACAUCUGACUCUCACUAAUACGAAGACAGGCUCAGAAGUCUUCACUGACUCUUCUGCUAUUUUGACUCAUCAUUUAUGCUUAAUAAAUGCUCAUUCUUAUUGGUGUUGUACACACUGACUCUAUACUGAAUCUCCCUUUUACCUCACUUUACAUCAGAGCACAAUGGAGAACAAGGAUAAUACAACAGCAUCCUUCGGUACUUCGGACUAUGUGGUUUUCGCUCUCAUGCUGGUCAUCUCAGCAGUUAUCGGUGUUUAUUAUGCCAUCGCCAAGCGCAGAGUACAGACCCCCAUGGAUUUUCUGGUGGCUGGCCAGAGUAUGACGGCUGUGCCUGUUGCUCUGUCACUGACAGCCAGCUUCAUGUCAGCCAUCACGGUUCUAGCGACUCCGGUGGAGGUGUAUUGUAAUGGGGCAAUAUAUGUUUUAAGCUGCUUAGGCUUUGUCCUGAUGGUGGCUAUCAGCUCAGAGAUUUUCCUCCCCAUCUUCUAUAGGCUGGGAUUAACCAGCACCUAUGAGUACCUGGAGUUGCGAUUCAACAAAGUGGUUCGGCUGUUUGGGACAGUGCUGUUCAUCGUUCAGACAUUAGUGUACACUGGAGUGGUUAUCUACGCACCAGCUUUGGCUUUAAACCAAGUGACAGGUAUAAAUCUGUGGGGAGCUUUGAUAUCAACUGGACUGGUGUGUACCUUCUACUGCACCUUGGGGGGAUUCAAGGCUGUGGUGUGGACUGACGUGUUCCAGAUGAGCAUCAUGUUGGCUGGGUUCCUGGCUGUCAUCGUCCAAUCAGUGCGUCUACAGGGUGGGGUCUCUGUCAUCUUCAACAACUCUGCUGAUGGUGGCCGACUCAACCUGUGGGACUUUGAUCCCAACCCUCUGAGGAGGCACACAUUCUGGACCGUCAUCAUCGGCAGUACAUUUGUCUGGACCAGUAUGUAUAGUAUUAAUCAAGCUCAGGUGCAGAGAUAUGUGUCCUGCAAGACGCUUCUCCAUGCCAAAAUGGCUCUGUAUAUAAACCUGGUGUCACUCUGGACUAUUCUUCUGUCUUCAGUAUUUUGUGGGUUGUGUUUGUAUUCAUUUUACAAGAACUGUGAUCCAUGGACAUCAAAAAUGGUGUCUGCUAAGGACCAGCUCAUGCCGUACCUGGUGAUGGAUAUCUUGGGGGACUACCCAGGCAUUCCUGGCCUGUUUGUGGCAGCAGCAUACAGUGGCACAUUGAGCACAGUCUCCUCCAGUGUGAAUUCUCUAGCUGCAGUGACAGUUGCAGAGCUGAUAGGACCGUACUUCAGCUUGUCAGAGCAAAAACUUUCCUGGGCAUCGAAAGGACUGAGUGUGUUCUAUGGAGUAGUAUGCAUUGGGCUGGCUGCUCUUGCAUCUUUGAUGGGAGGAUUGUUACAGACAGCUAUCAGUGUUGUUGGUACUCUCAACGGACCUCUACUCGGCCUCUUUUCUUUAGGCAUCCUGUUUCCAUCUGCUAAUUCCAAAGGAGGCUUGGCUGGACUAGUCAGUGGAUUAGUCGUGUCACUCUGGAUUUGCGUUGGAGCCCAGAUCUACCACCCAUUACCGGAGAACACCAGGCCUCUUCAUUUACAGACACAUGGCUGCAGCGUGACCACCGAUGAAAAUGACUUAAUGAACUGGACUAGCUACUCAACACUGGCAAGCUAUGUCACUUCAGCUGAGCCGGACAAAGCUGUGGACAGGCCUCUGCUGGCUGAUUAUUGGUACUCACUCUCUUACAUGUAUUUCUGCCCUAUGGGGACUCUAGUGUGCAUAGUUAUUGGGCAGAUUGUGAGUUUGUUCUCUGGGGGUAGAACAUUAAAACUGGAACCAGGCCUAACAUUAGCGAAGGAGGAUUUAACCUGCUACAAGAUCUACAAAACCCUAAAGCGGAGGGCCACAGGAAAUGCAGACAGACUUGACAUGGUUACGGAGAAAGAGAAAUCUGGCAGAACCAACCUUGCAUUUUGUGAUGUGGAGCUGGAUAUCAUAAAAAUUCAGACACACGAAACUCUUCCAUAG